AUGUCCGACACAGUAUAUUCUCGCGAUCCGACGACGCCCCGAGAUUACUACUCGGGGCUUGACAAUGAUGGCUCUUUGGCCGAGAAAUUUAAGGACAUCGACGAGAAGAUACAAUUCUAUGGUGCUAUGCGCCGUCUCGAAGACCCUCUUACCAAGAACUUUGUGUUGGAUUUUGGGAACGACGAUGCGUGGUGUGCGUCCGACUUGGAUACAGAUGAGCUGAGAUUGUUGCUGGACAAGCCGGCCAUAACUAAACACUACGGCGUGUCUGAACGAUUACAAGGCAUGAUGUGCACGGAACCCGUACAGCCAGAGCCCAAAACCAUACCAGUCCCCGACAAAAGAUCCUCAACCUCGAAUGCUGGGACGUCCUUUCAGCAUGAUAUUGAUGACCCAGAGAAUGCCAAGUAUCUCUCUGACCCAGAAAGAGCCCGCGAAUCGGCCUCAUUCAAGAACUUGACGUUUGCCCAGGUCACCGACCAGAUUUGGCACUUUUCCUCAGUAGACCAUGGUCCUCGAUAUACCUGUAUCGGCUAUAAUACACUAUUUGUGAUCCCGACUCUGUCAAUGCCGAAUGGCAAGAAUCUCCCGGAUGGAAAACGACUCUGGACAUGGCUGAUACAGUGCGACGAUGGAACUAUCAUCUCGAUUCAAGAGAAUCCGUUCCCUAGACGCACCGACGUCCAAAUCGACGAAGCCAAGCCGGUUCUCGACAUUGUGCGCCGGAACAUCCGAUUCAUUUUUGCCGGUGUAUCGCGAUUGCACUUUGCCAUGUCAGAGAGCGAAUCACUCAUCACGAUCCGCGUCCGACAAUUCAGCGACCUCAGCCCCGACCAAGCAAGCAUCAAGCAGGAAGACGGGCCGAGUCUGCUGUUCUAUUACAUUUUCGACGACUGGGUGUCAAGCUAUGGACUGAUCGCCAAGCGUGAGCACAAGUACGGCGUCUUGCUAGAGGAAUUGAGAGGGAAUAUGCUCGAUCGACCGGUGGUAGAGUUGAUCAAUGAGCUCCACUGGCUGGGGCGACGACUAGCCGUCCUGAAGCGGUUGUACCAGAGCUACGAGCUGAUCAUGCGGCGACUGUUGCAGCGACAGCGCAUGCUCCGCGAUGAGGCCCGUUCGUUGCACCCCACCGUGCCGUAUGGAGCCACCUUUGGUGACAUGGAGUAUGUGGAUAUGCGACAAGCGAGUCUCGUCAGCUAUUCCAGUGUUCCUAGCGCGGCCGAGAAGUCCGUUGGGGUGCAGUUGAGCUCGACGGCGGUGGCACGGUUCGAACGGUUGGUGGAUCGGAUCAACCUGUAUUGUCUGAGUGAGAUUGAGAAUUGUCUCAAUGAGAAGGAAUCGUUGACAUUCUUGAACUUCAACCUGAUUGCGCUCAAAGAUUCGCAAGCCGUUGAGAAAUUGACACGCAUUACGAUCCUGCUAGCGAAAGCCACGAUUUUGUUCCUGCCGGUUAGUCUGAUGAGUGCAUAUUUCUCGACGGAACUCAUUGGAGUCAAGAACGGGUAUACCAAGGCGGAUUACUGGAUCAGCUUUGCCGUGAUCUUUGUGUUGUCAGUCCUGUUGUUGACGGUGUUUGGCUAUGCCAGUGACACGGUAGAAGGAAAGACAAUCUACCGAUCAAUGGUGGGCACAUUCUUCCGAAAGUCACGCCAAAGAAUGUCACGAGAAAGCAGACCAUAA